AUGGCUCUGAUUUGUGCCAUUUCCAAUGAAAUCCCUGAACAUCCGAUUGUUUCACCAUCUUCCGGAGCAAUUUUCGAAAAAAGGCUCAUUGAAAAGUACAUUGUCGAAAAUGGAGUUGAUCCCAUAUCAGGAAAAGAACUCACCGCUGAGGAACUAAUUGAAAUCAAAACCCCACCUGUUGUGAAACCUAAACCUCCUAGCGCCACAAGUAUACCAGCAACAUUAAAACUUUUACAAGAUGAAUGGGAUGCUGUAAUGCUUUACAGUUUCACUCAAAGACAACAACUUCAAACAGCCCGUCAAGAACUCAGUCAUGCUUUGUACCAGCAUGACGCUGCUUGUCGUGUAAUUGCUAGAUUAAAUAAAGAGGUAACUGCUGCAAGAGAGGCUUUGGCAACACUAAAACCACAAGCUGGUAGCAUGUCUGUACCACAACCAGCAUUGGCUGCUGAAUCAUCAGGAAUUGCUGCUCAACCAAUAGAACAAGCUGGCAUGAGUAUUGAAAUACUAGAAAAACUACAAGAAACAGCUGCAAUUUUAACGCAAGAGCGCAAGAAACGAGGGAGGACUGUUCCAGAUGAAUUGGUUACACACGAUCAGUUUAGGUCUUUCAGAACUCUGGCAUCACUUAUUGGUUUGCACUCGGCUAGUGUACCAGGUAUUCUAAGUUUAGAUCUUCAUUGCACAGAUACUAGCAGGGUACUAACUGGAGGAAAUGAUAAAAAUGCCACUGUAUUUAAUAAGGACACCGAACAAGUUGUUGCUAUCUUAAAAGGUCACACCAAGAAAGUUACUAAGGUUAUUUAUCACUAUAAUGAGGAUAUUGUUUUAACUGCAUCACCUGACUGUUCCAUUAGAGUUUGGCAUGUUCCGACUUCUCAAACUACAUUAGCAUUACGUUGCCAUGAUGGACCAGUUACUGGAUUAUCACUUCAUCCUACAGGAGAUUUUGUAUUGUCCACUUCUGAUGAUCAAUACUGGGCCUUUUCAGAUCUCAAUACUGGGCGCUUAUUAACAAAAGUAUGUGACAGGACUAAUGUUCCUCUGACAACUAUCCAACUUCAUCCCGAUGGUCUUAUUUUUGGAACCGGCACUGCUGAAUCUCAAAUUAAAAUUUGGGAUUUGAAAGAACAAACCAACGUAGCUAAUUUCACUGGUCACACUGGACAUAUAACGUCGAUUGCCUUCUCUGAAAACGGGUAUUAUUUAGCAACAGCCGCAAGUGACUCUUGCGUCAAACUUUGGGAUUUGCGUAAAUUGAAAAACUUCAAAACGGUACAAUUGGAUGAAGGAUAUCAAAUCAAGGAUCUCAGCUUCGAUCAAAGCGGUACCUAUUUGGCAAUGGCUGGAACUGACGUCAGGGUAUACCUAUGCAAACAGUGGCAAGAGUUGAAAAUAUUCAACGACCACACCGCCACUGCUACUGGUGUGAGAUUUGGAAAACAUGCAAGAUUCCUUGCAUCUACUUCGAUGGACAGGACUCUUAAGUUGUAUGGUUUAGAAUAG